AGUGCGAUGAAAAUCCCCUUCCCUCCCCCCUCUUUCUCCUUUUAGAGCAUGUCCCACUUUGACGAGCGGAGUGGAGUGGUGUACUGCAGUACGGAAUGGGGCCAGUGGGCUCAAACAAUAGAGGAAGUGUUCAUUGAGGUCGAUGUUCCAGACGGAACCAAGUCUCAGAACAUCCGUUGCGACAUGACACCCACCUCCAUAUCUGUGACUGUCAACCACCAGCAGAUUUUUAAGGGCAAGUUGAGUGGAAAGGUCAUAACCGAUGACAGUAUAUGGACACUAGAGGACAAAAAGCUGCUGCGGAUCGUGUUGUCCAAGUCAAACAGAGACGCAGCCAACUGUUGGCGUUCUCUACUGGAGGGACAGUACGCCGCAGACGCCCAUGUCUUCGACCAGAUGGAGAGGAAACUAACUCUCGAGAGAUUUCAGAAUGAG